AUGGGCCUGGCCAGGGCCUUGCGCCGCUUGAGCGGCGCGCUGGAGCCAGGAGACAGUCGAGCUGGCGAUGAGGAGGAGGCGGGGGCCGGCCUGUGCCGCAAUGGGUGGGCACCUGGGCCAGUAGCUGGGAGCCGGCGCCGCGGGCGCUUCGUCAAAAAAGAUGGGCACUGCAAUGUGCGCUUUGUGAAUCUGGGUGGCCAGGGCGCACGCUACCUAAGUGACCUGUUCACCACAUGUGUGGACGUGCGCUGGCGCUGGAUGUGCCUGCUCUUCUCCUGUUCCUUCCUCGCCUCCUGGUUGCUCUUCGGCCUGACCUUCUGGCUCAUCGCCUCGCUGCACGGCGACCUAGCUGCCCCACCACCCCCGGCGCCCUGUUUUUCACAAGUGGCCAGCUUCCUGGCUGCCUUCCUCUUUGCACUGGAGACACAGACGUCCAUAGGCUAUGGUGUGCGCAGCGUCACCGAGGAGUGUCCAGCUGCUGUGGCUGCUGUGGUGCUGCAGUGCAUCGCAGGCUGUGUGCUCGACGCCUUCGUCGUGGGUGCAGUUAUGGCCAAGAUGGCCAAGCCCAAGAAACGCAACGAGACACUGGUCUUCAGUGAGAAUGCAGUGGUGGCUCUGCGAGACCGCCGUCUCUGCCUCAUGUGGCGGGUGGGCAACCUGCGGCGCAGCCACCUGGUGGAGGCUCAUGUGCGGGCCCAGCUGCUGCAGCCCCGUGUGACCCCAGAGGGUGAGUACAUCCCGCUGGACCACCAGGAUGUAGACGUUGGGUUUGAUGGAGGCACUGAUCGCAUCUUCCUCGUAUCCCCCAUUACCAUUGUGCAUGAGAUUGACUCUGCCAGUCCACUGUAUGAGCUGGGCCGGGCUGAGCUGGCCCGGGCUGACUUUGAGCUGGUGGUCAUCCUUGAAGGUAUGGUUGAGGCCACAGCGAUGACUACACAGUGCCGCUCAUCUUACCUCCCGGGCGAGCUGCUCUGGGGACAUCGCUUUGAGCCGGUCCUCUUCCAGCGUGGCUCCCAAUAUGAGGUUGACUAUCGCCAUUUCCAUCGAACAUAUGAGGUCCCGGGGACACCAGUCUGCAGUGCCAAGGAGCUGGAUGAACGGGCAGAGCAGGCUUCUCACAGUAGCCCUAAGUCAAGUUUUCCUGGCUCCCUUGCUGCAUUUUGUUAUGAGAAUGAACUUGCUCUGAGCUGCUGCCAGGAGGAAGAUGAAGAGGAGGACACUAAGGAGGGAACUUCAGCAGAGACCCCAGACAGGGCUCCCAGUCCCCGGGCUCUUACACCAACCCUGGCACUGACUCUGCCUCCAUGA